GUUUUGGGAUCUGUCAGAUUGAACAACAACAAUGCUGCCAAUUGGAAAAUAAAUAUAAAUAUCGUAACAACGCAGCCGAUCAGCGUAACCCCACGGAUAAUUAGGUCCGAUAGAAACUGGCGCCCCGGUGAUAGAGGCCGGCACCAGACAAACCAUCACACACCGAAAGACUGUUAAACAAACCUCGUAAAGCAACAUCCUACCUCUACGAAUUCCUGCAAAGUCUUGCACAACUCGACGUAAAAGGGGAAAAGAAAUGUUCAAAGUUGCACACAGUAAUGCGAUUUACAAAGCAUUGCAGGCACAAGUAAGGUACACCCAUCGGACGCACUACAAUGUGCUAAAACUACAGCCAAACUGCUCGUCGAGGGACGUCCGAACUGCGUUCAUCCAGCUUUCUAAAGAACUACAUCCUGAUGCGAAUGUUAGCAACAGCGAAAAGUACGACAAGAAGUCGUUUGUCGAGCUGCUGGAAGCUUACAAAGUGCUCAGCAAACCCGAGUCCCGGGCUGCGUACGAUUUCGAGCUAUCGCUGGGCAAGAAUCCAGGCAAUCAGGUGUUUCAUAGACCGUGGGCCGCAAAUUCGAUGCAUUACAACAGCGAGGAACAGUCGUACUACGGAAUUAAGGGGGUCAAAAAGGUUAGCAAUUGGACGAUAGUGCUGUUUUGCGGUAUUUUUAUGCUGAUCGGCAUCAUUCUGCAGGCGGUAGCAAUCAGUAAAUCGUUCACAUUCCAGCGAGAUCAGCUGGAUGAAUUCUCUAGGCAGAAUGCAAUCACUCACGCUGAGGUCCGCGAAGUGGCGGAAAAAUAUGGCAACAAAGCGCAAAUCGAGCGCAUGAAGGCAAAGCUGAACUAGGAAGGAUGCGUGGUAGUAUGCGUUGGUGUACAAGCUGUAAAUUGUUGAGACGUUUUAAGGAAGAUUUGACGAUGUAUUUGUAAAUACUGUAAUAAUAAUGUAGCGAUGAAUUUGUGAAUGA